GUUCAUUUGCGUGACUUCACUCUGUUCUAAGUAUCUACAUGUAAAUGACUGUUGUUGUAAGAUAUUGCUCAAAAUAAAGUAUAAAUUUGACUGGAUAGAUAGUUUUACACAACUAGUGUCACAUUAACGUCAGGAUGAAGAUCGUGCUUGUUUCACUAUUCCUAUCAUCUUUUUUGUUUCUUUAUUUCGUUGAUAUUGUUGAAGGAGACAGACAGGUUGAUGAAAGACUGAAGGCCUUAAAGUCUUUGAUCUACAACAACGCUGAUACCACAGUCAAACUGGAUUCUAAAGCAUUGAAACAACUCAUCCAGUUAUCGACAACGGGUGACAAACAGGGUGAUGACAGACUGAAGGCCUUAACGUCUUUGAUCUACAAUAACGCGGAGGCCACAGUCAAACUGGAUUCUACAGCACUGAUAAAACUCAUCCAGUUAUCGACGAAGGGUACUUUUCCAAACCGAAAACAACGAGUGAGUUUUUCUGUUUAUGUUAAAUCAAAAGGCCUGACACUUAGAGAUGGUCAGACAGCAAUAUACGACGGAAUCCUGACGAAUGAUGGAAACGGAUAUGACGACAAAACAGGAGUGUUCACGUGUCCUGUAGCGGGUACCUACAUGUUUGUUGUCGAUUGUCUCUCUCCUAAACCAACAUGGAUACAUAUUGUACUGAACAAGAAAGUCGUAGGAUCUGUUCAUAUAUCAACUGAUAACCAAGGCGUAUCUUGGCAGCAGUUAAGUAGAACCGUCAUUGUAAAGGCAAGAAAAGGUGACCACGUUAAAGUAGCUAAUGGUGGGAAACACGGCGUCAUCCACAUAGGCCACUACUCUGGUUUCUCUGGAACUUUACUGUACUGAAGAAUUAAUACAUAAAAGAAAUUGUAAAUUACAAUCAUGAGAUUUGUGUAAUAAAGGAUAAAAUGCAUUGGGUGAAAUCAUGAA